AUGGCGCCCUCCAAGCGAUUGAAUUUAAGCAAGUCGCGUGACGACGACGAGAGCUCCUCGGCCUCGUCCUCCAGUGACGAGCAGGAGCAACAAACAACGACACAGUCAGCCCAGGAUGAUGAUGAUUCCAGCUCCGGCGAGUCAUCUGAUGAUGAAUUUGAGAUCCCGCCUGGAUUCGAAAGCGUUAAGGGCAGCGGCGCCGUGACGCGUGAGGCCGUGUUUAAUAACGACCAGGAGCUCUGGUUCUUCAAGCUGCCUAAGAACCUGGACGCGUCGGCGCUGGCCAACGUGACGAUCAAGGUGGACGAAGGCAAGGCGGCACCUUCACCUGGUGAGGUGCUGGCCAAGGUCACAGCUGGGGAAGAUAGCAAGAAGUACCUACUGCAGAGCGAAGACGGGAUGCUCACAGACCAACUCGUUAACGCGCUGCCUCUCGCUUCAGACCGCGCUCGCUUUGCUCUAGGCAAACCAUUCUCUCGUUGUUUCUCGCUCAAGAAGAACUCUUCCGACAAACAGGAGAAGCAGCACAAGUCCAAGAAGGCUAAGCACAAGAAGUAA